GGGGCACCUAGGAUAUAUAGCAUUGGUAGCAAGUCCAAGGCCAAGAGGUGGUCCCACGGCCAAGACAAGUCGGUCCGACGUACGACUUGCAUAGCGAUAUACCUGGAACAAUUCACUUCAUGAUAUUGGACUAACUGGGGGAAUCAGCAAGGCAUGAGGCGCUAAGAUGAGUUUUACCGACAUUUCUCCCCGAAAUAUUGUCCGUAAUGAUUCCAUAGCCUAUCUCGACGUAUAAGUCUGCCUCUCCACCUUGGCAAUUCAGCCUCGAUUAUAUGUAACGCCCAUCCAAUUGCACACGGAAUCUCCUUCAAGGAAGUUGGCUAUCAUGGCCACAAUAUUGUUGACACCUCAACAUGCAAACCAUUUCUACGCCGUCGGCCAUUGAAACGAAACGUCAAAACUCUGAUAGACGCCACAGGUAGACAGCCGUGGCAGUCGCCAAGAAUGCCGAGCUUAAUGCCAUGAACGACCCCAGAAAAAAACAAAAGAUAAAAGUGCAAGAGCAAAGAUGUAAUCGUCAUUGCGACUUCCACGCAGAAACUGCCAAGCUUCCCUCAACGAAUUUUUCUCAAUAACCGAUCCCUUUCACUUUAUCACCUGACACAUUUCAGUCUUUUUUCAUCGUCUGGGCGUUCAGGGGACGUCGUCUUAUCUCUACUCGACUCUCGGUAUCAAUACAUACCAAUCAUUUACUGUUACUUUUUCUUAUAAACAUCUGUAUCUCUCCCUCUCUUCCCCGCGCUUUCUUAUCAAACCCCAUGGGCAACGGCUUGACUCGAGUUUCCACAACGUUGGUCAAUGUCCUGGCAUAGAUAACAAACACGAUAUCCUCAUCACUGAUAACACCUUGCAAAGACCAACCAAAGAUGCUCGGAAGAAAAUCCAUCAGGAUAAACGGUGCCGAAUGCGGCAUUGAAGCACUCAUUCUAGGCAUCACCACGUCUAUUGGAGGUUUCCUUUUCGGUUACGACACUGGCCAGAUCUCAGCACUCCUUCUCUUCAAUGACUUUACAAAUAGAUUUGCCCAGAAUCCCAAUUCGCUUGGUACAAAAGACUGGGUCCCCAUCAUCCAAUCGCUGGUUGUAUCGCUGAUGAGCAUUGGCUGUCUGAUUGGUGCACUAUCAGGUGCCUAUACAUCGGAUUGGUGGGGACGUCGUCGCAGUCUUUGUUUUGGAGUGGCUGUUUUCAUCGUUGGUAAUGUCAUCCAGAUAACAGCCAUGAACAGCUGGGUUCAUAUGAUGAUGGGCCGCUUUGUGGCAGGUCUGGGAGUUGGCAACCUUUCUAUUGGUGUUCCCCUUUUCCAAUCGGAAUCCGCACCAAAGGAAAUUCGUGGUGCAGUAGUCGCCUCAUACCAGCUUAUGAUCACAAUUGGUAUUCUGGUUGCCAAUCUGAUCAACUAUGGAGUUCGCGGCAUUCAAGACUCCAGUGCAUCAUGGCGCAUCGUCAUCGGCAUCGGCAUCUUGUUUUCACUUCCUCUUGGUAUUGGUAUUAUGCUUGUACCUGAAAGCCCUCGUUGGCUGGCAGGCCAGGGCAACUGGGACGGUGCACGCAUGUCCAUGGCAAGACUUCGUGGACUGAAGAACGAUGCACACAAUGCCGUAGUUGAGGACGAUCUACAAGAGAUGCGCGAAAUACUAGAGGAAGAGCACGCUGCCGGUGCCAGCACUUGGCUUGAUUGUUUUAAAGUUGAUUUGCAUGUCCCUAAGGUGCUAUACCGCACAUUGUUGGGCUUUGCCAUUCACUUUUUGCAACAAUGGAGUGGUGUGAACUACUUCUUUUACUACGGUGCCACUGUCUUUAGGAGUGCGGGUAUAGAUGACCCGAUCCUGACACAACUCAUUUUGGGAGCUGUGAAUGUGGUUAUGACCUUCUAUGGACUCUACGUUGUAGAAAGGUAUGGUCGACGAUGGCCACUAUUUCUUGGUGCAAUUUGGCAAGCGGCUUGGCUUCUCGUCUUUGCAAGCGUCGGCACCGCCCUUCCUCCUGCGGAAAACAAGGCUACUGGAAUUGUCAUGAUUGUUUGUGCGUGUAUGUUUAUCGCUUCGUUUGCUGGCACAUGGGGGCCGAUGGCCUGGGUUGUCGUCGGUGAGACAUUCCCACUGCGGACUCGCGCCAAGCAAGCCUCUCUUGCCACUGCUGGCAAUUGGCUUGGCAAUUUUAUGAUUGGCUUUCUGACGCCACUGGCUGACUCUGGAAUCUCUUAUGCCUUUGGGUUCGUCUUUGUUGGGACCAACAUUGCAGCUGCUGCGUUGGUGUGGUUUUUCUUGUACGAAUCACGUACAUUAAGCUUGGAGCAUGUUGACCUCAUGUAUGGUCAAAAAGACCUAAAUGCAUGGAACAGCCAUCGCUGGGUUCCUCCCGGGUAUGCGAGCCGUGAGAAACGCGAUGAACAACAUUUUAGCUACACCAACAAGAAAGUGGGAGCAGGUAGCGACGGAAUCUCUGAGGUCCGUACUGAGCAUGCCUAGUGGGUGAUGGUUAUACGAGCGAUGUUUGGAAUAAAGUCGUGAGUGUAGGGAUUAAUUGGCAGAUUGUAUCUUUACGAGAAUAUGCUUACCGCUUAUAUGUUAUCAACGCAAACCACUGUUGCUUACCAUAUUGCCUUGUAUUUGUGAUAGCCUUGUCAAGCAUAUCAUAAUUCAGGUAUUCUAUAACAAAGUUCGCAUCACAGGAUAUUACUGGCAUUUAAUGCGCUGUUAAGCCAAGUCUUGUCCAUUUGUACUUUGUUAUCA